AGAGGUGAAUCAACGGUACCAUUCCUGUUACUAAAACCCUCACAGAUGUACAGACUGCUCCUCUGCCUGCUCACCCUUCCUGCUGCACAGGCAGCCUCUGAUGGACAAAGCUGGGCAUAUACUGGUAAUGAUGGAGAGAACUAUUGGCCGUUAAAAUACAGGUUUUGUGGUGGUGUCUAUCAGUCGCCUCUUGAUUUCCAUCACAGCAUCCUUCAAUAUGAUUCCAGACUAGCACCUAUACAUCUAUAUGGAUACAAUGCUUCCAGUACAGAACCCUUCACAAUAUCAAACAAUGGACAUACAGUGUCUGUGAGUCUACUUCCAAAAAUGUAUAUGGAAAUCCCCCCCUUCCGCUACAUGGCAUCACAUCUUCACUUUCACUGGGGCAACCUAGCCAGUCCUAAAGGUUCAGAGCACUGUAUUGGUGGCAAGAGGUUUCCAGCCGAGCUGCAUAUUGUGCAUUAUAACACGAAGUAUGCAGACAUGGCCACCGCGAUGGAGGCGGGAGACGGUCUGGCCGUGCUGGGAAUUCUCAUUGAGAUUGGUUCUUUCAACCCUGCAUAUGAUAAAAUCUUUACUAAACUGCCAAACGUCAAAUACAAAGGGCAAAACAUUCAAAUUCCGGGAUUUAAUAUCCAAGAUCUAUUGCCUGACAGGAUGGAUGAAUAUUACCGGUAUGAGGGUUCCCUUACUACGCCACCCUGCAACCCCAGCGUCUUGUGGUCUGUUUUCCACAAUCCUGUGUUUGUUUCGGAGGAACAGCUGUCAUUAUUAGAGACCACACUAUACUGCACAGAGACUAACACUUCGGCACCCACGCAGAUGGUUGAUAAUUACAGGCAGCUUCAGCAAGAAGGUGACAGGUUGGUCUCGGUCUCUUUUAGGGAAGGUGUUGUCCUUUCAGUUGCUUUGGCCUGUGUUCUUGGUGUUUUAGUCCUUAUCUCACUGACCUGCUGGUUGUUUCACAGGAAAAAACGGAGCAAGAAAACCAAGAAUAUUGUGUAUACAGCCGCUGUUGCUGUGGAAGAAAACACAUCUAAAGUAUGAUGUAAGCAAUAUUUUCACCAACUAUUGGUGCAAUUCCUUUUCAAUAAGACUGCUCUGCCCAAGG